CUCUCCCUCCCUCCCUCCCUCCCCUUCUCUCCCCUGUCAUUCCCAGUGCGACACACCCGCCCGGGUGCAAACCACACACUCGCGGCACGCAUCCCUGAGCGCCAAGCCCAGGCCACGAUGGCAACAAUGGACUUUGAGGACCCGCCCUUGAGCUCGGACGAGGAGAUCGUCGAUGUCCGACAGUAUGGCCGGCCGGCGGACGGGCUGAUGGAUGCUGUCCAGCGCUUCUCCGAGAAGGACAACCCGGUGCUCGCUGCCGGCGGGCCCGCCCAGACGGCUGCGCUUGCCACGCUCGAUGACCAUGCCGAUGGCCCGGGCGACACCUCAGCCAGCCCGGCCAUGAGUGAUCGCGUGCGCGAGGCGCUGAGCCGAGCCCGCCAGGCAAAUGCCUUCCUGGACUCGAUGCGCGAGGAAGGGGUCCUGCCGCCGCGCCGCCCGGCCGUCGCCGAGGAGGACAGCCAGGCCGAGGUGGCAUCCCCAUCUGAGCCCGAGCCCGAGCCCCAGCCCGAACCCGAACCCGAGCUCGAGCCCGAGCUGCCGGCCAAGGCUCCGAAGACUUGUGAAUGUGACGCCAAGUCGGCCGCGCAGGCCCCCUCGCUUGAGGAUGUCGGGGACUUCUCGGACCUGGAGCUCGAGCUGGGCAACUACUACGAGGACGAUCUGGCGCCUGUGGACUCGGAUUCCGAGGCAUCGAGCGGCUCCUCCCCCUCAGCCCGGCAGUGCCUGGCCGACUGUGUGCGCCUGUCGCGGGAGCUCCGGUCGCUGCAGCUGCCGGCCCUGCGCGACGCCAGUGGCUUUGCCUUUCACCCGUGCCCGGAGCUGGACGUGCGAGCCCUGGCUUCGGAGACCGACCGCGGGGCGGCCAUUCGUCGAGCCCUCGGCCAGGCGGCCGUUGGCCAUACGCCGCUGGUGGUGCGCGGCGCCCUGGACCACGCGCCAGCCGUGGCCCUCUGGCGCUCGUGGGACUAUGUGCUGGAUCGCAUUGGCCGGGACACCCGGGUGACCGUCAGCGUGACGCCCAACGGCCGGGCGGAUGGGCCGGUGCGGCCGGCGGCCGCGCGCGCGCGCGGCUGGCUCGAUGCCAGCCAGACCCCCGGCAACACCGACGGAGCGGCCGGCGACCCGGCAUGGCUGUUCAUCACCCCCCACGAGCAGACCAUCACUCUGGGCGAAUUGCGCGAGCGCCUGCGUGCCGGGCGUGCGCGUGUGGCCGCCACGCGCGAUCGGAUCGGCCUCUCGCGGAGCUUCAUCGCCGACGGGCAGGUGGAGCUGCCGGCAGAUUGGGCCCUGCUGCCGGAUGACGAGGUGUACUAUGUCCAGCUGCAGAAUGGCAACAUUGCCUCGAUGCCGGAGCCCGGGCCCGCCGAGGGCGAGCAGACGCCGGGCCACACGACCGGCGAAUGGGCGCGCAUGAUCGGCGACGUGCCGACAUCGCUGGACUUCAUGGUGGACGUGUUCGGCACCGAGCCCGAGGUGGUGAACCUCUGGCUCGGGGAUGCCCGCGCGCAAACCAGCAUCCACGGCGACCCGUAUGAGAAUGCCUACUCGGUGAUCACCGGGCAGAAGACCUUCUGGCUGUAUCCGCCGGUGGAUGCGGCCUUCAUGCGCGAGCGCGCCUGCCAGGGCGCGGUUUUCGCCCCGAAGGACAGCCAGCCGGAUGGGGGGCCAUCUGCGGGCCCCGACGGCGGGGCCUGCCGGGCCUUCGGCAUCCGGCCGGCCGAAGAGUCCUCCACCAGCUGGGUGACCUUCGACCCGUGGGUGACCCUGCCGCGGCCGCUGGCGCGCAACCCGGCGCACUAUGUCCCGGCCCCCGUGCUGGCGACCCUCCUCCCGGGGGACCUGCUCUACCUGCCUGCCCUGUGGUACCAUGGUGUCCAGCAGGAUGGCUUCCCGGGGGGCGCCGCCGAGGCCGGCCAGGCCCCCGACCAGGUGCCGCAAGAUGCCCUCGGUCCCGAUGGGACCUGCAUCGCGGUGAACUGGUGGCAGCCCGCCAGUGUGGACUCGCGCUGGGCGCAUGCGCGUGCGGCCAAGGUCCAGGCACGCCGGGCCGGGCGGUGAGGGGGAGGGGAGGAUGGCGCGCGGCGGGUCCUCCCCUCCUGCCCUCCCCCCCCCUCCUCCCUGGGGGGCCGGCGUGGAGCCGCCGGAAUAGACACCUGUGCGCGGUGGCCGCCCUCUCUCGGGCCGGCCGCGCUCAGCCACACAUGGAUGGGGA